AUGCACACUCUUCCCUUAUCGUUUGCUCUCUUGACAUACACCGGUUAUUGGCAACCUGCCAAUCUGACACCCAUCAAAUAUUGGGCGUAUAGUGUUUAUUCCGUCGUGAUGAUUUUUCUUCUUCACUCAUUUACGUUUUGCGGUCUAAUCGAUUGUUUCAUGAUCGAGGAUCUUGAGACCUUCAUCGAAAAGUUCUCGCUGUUUUUGUCGGUGCUCGGCGUUAGUUGCAAAGUGAUGAACCUAGUGUUACGUCGGGAUAAAAUCAUCGGUCUCACUGAUAUGCUGCUGACAGAUAUUUGCACACCCAGGGACAAUCACGAGAUGAAUAUUCAACGGAAAUUCGAUCGUAACGCGAAGACAAUUACUAUCUACUGCGAGAUAUUGAACGAGUCGGCCGUCUUCUUUGCCACGAUUGCUCAAUUCCGGCAUUUUGCCAACACUAGGACCUUACCGUUGUCCGACUGGGUGCCAUACGACAUCUCGUCGACUACUGUUUAUUGGGCCACCGUGCUCCACCAAACUAUUGGAUUGAUGGUCUGUGCGAACGCCAGCGUCGCUCACGAGACUCUCAUCUCCGGUUUUAUGAUCCAGACUUGCGCUCAGUUGGACAUACUAUGUCAUCGCGCUCAUAUGUUACCGAAUUUGUUGCGAAAAGCUCAGAAAUCCAGCACCUCUAAAGAAGAUUUGAAAGCGCGAGAACAGUGGCUCGUCCGCGAGCUUGUCCAUCACCAUCGCUAUGUGUAUAGAUUGGCAGAACGCGUUAAUACGGUGUUUACACUGAUGAUCCUCCUACAAUUUUCCAUAAGCUCGACCGUGCUCUGCCUUAGCAUCUACAAAAUGUCGACAAAGAGCUUGCUGAGCUUCGAGUUUGCGUGGAGUUUGUCAUAUCUUGGUUGCAUGCUUAUGCAGAUCUAUUUAUACUGCUGGUUCGGCAAUGAAGUGACACUGAAGAGUAUUGAAGUCGGUAACGCCAUUUAUGAAAUGGAUUGGCCGAUACUUCCCGUUGAUUUAAUGAAGACUCUUUUGCUGAUAAUCAUACGAUCUAAGAAACCAAUAAAGAUAACUAGUGGCUAUAUAGUUACUUUAUCCAAUGAAUCUUUUAUGAAGGUAAAAGAGAGAUGGCAUUACAAAAAAUGAUAUUAAUGAUACU